AUGUCACAGAUAUUGAUCACCCACGCACUCAGAUCCAUCUCUCCUCGUGCACUUCCUUUCCCUUGCGCUACUUUCCCUGGAUCCACGCCACGUGUUGACAACACCACUGGGGACCCUGUCGCUGUCAGCGACUAUGUCCCCAACUACAUUGCCAAACGCAUUAAUGACUUUAUUCCCCCCUCCCAAGUCAAUUUACUGGACGGGAACGCCGAAGACUUGGUCGCGGAGUGCAACGUGUUACAGUAA